AUGGGCCCACAGGUCAAGUGGCCUCGGAAGAUGAAAUCACCCGAUUCCUUCUGGAACUCAAACCGGUGGUGCGACUUCCUUAAUGAUCACGGUCACAAGACGGAAGACUGCGUCGCACUAAGGAUCGAGGUCAACGAGCUACUGAAAAAGGGACACCUCCGGGAGUUCCUCUCCGAUAAAUCCAAAAGCCUCCUUAAUAAGUAUAGUAACAUCAUCUUCCAAGCCGCCUACCAGGACCUGGGGCUGGAAGAAGGCGCACUAAAGUGUAGGGUCACUCCGCUCAAAGGAUUCAGCGGAGAAGUCAAGCAGACCACCGGAGAAAUCUUUCUCCCGGUAUACGCCGAAGGGAUCAAAAUGUCUACCAAGUUUCUCGUGGUCGAUUGUGAAUCACCAUACAACAUUAUACUCGGACGACCAUGGAUACACGACAUGGGAGCCGUCCCUUCGACGCUCCACUAA